AUGUCGUUGCUUUCGGUAGACUUGCGUACGCUAUGGAUGGAGAACCAGCCUUUUGCAGCCCUCUUUUUGGGGCUUGGAACUGCCUUGUUCCUACUUGCGUGUUCUCGGAGACAGUCUUUGAACUUGCCCAGGUUCGAGGUCACUUCUGAUGUACUCAAGACCAUCGAAGAGGGCCACGCGCAAUGUCCGGACGAUGCCUUUAUCCUGUCCAUGGUGGGCAUGGAGCUGGUCAUUCUGCCUCGAUCGGGGAUCGAUCUGAUCAAAGCCCUGCCGGAGGAGCAUGUCUCGAUCAAGAAGCACCACCAUGACGUCUUCCUCGGGGAAUAUACAUACAUGGGGACCAAAGCGCCCGAAUUCGACGAAGCCAUGCGCUACGACCUUACUCGAAACACCCCAACUGUCCUGGCUUCUUUUGUCGCCGAAGUAAAGUAUGCAGUCGAGGAGAAUUUUGGCCGACCCAGCGAGUGGACCGCAUUCCAACCUCGUGAGUCCAUGUCGCGCAUCGCCUCGCUCAUGUCUGGACGAGCGUUUGUCGGCUUGCCACUGAGUCGCGACAAAACCUGGGUUCAGUCCACCGUGACUUAUACACAAGAUGUAACGCGCGCGUGGCUCGUCUUGCGAAUGAUUCCCUGGGUGAUUCGUCCCUUCGUCGCGCCGUUCCUGCCCCAAGUUCGAUCUUUGAAGAACCAGCGCCGAAUGACUGAGAAGCGCCUCAAACCGCUGCUCGACAAUGCAGAGAACCAGAACAACCCCAGUGAGCCAGGAGGCGACAUGCUGCGCUGGUUCCGACAACGAUACCCUAAGAACCCAACCGCAAAGCAGCUUGCUCGCGAUCAGCUUCUAGCGACAUUUGCGUCAAUCUACAAUCUAUCCAACGCCCUCACCUACCUUCUCUUUGAUCUCGCCAGCUACCCCGAACAUAUCGAACCGUUACGCGCCGAGUUGCAGGAAGUACUCAAAGGCGGGCGCAUCAACAAGGAGAAUAUCCAGAAGCUAAAGAAGCUGGACAGCUUUAUCCGAGAGUCGCAACGGCUGAGUCCUCCUUCACUUGCAAACAUGCCCCGUAUCGUAACGAAUCCAGGUGGCCUCAAGCUGCCCAGCGGCCACAUCAUCCCCUGCGGCAUGCGAGUUAUGGUGCGCGCCCACACACUGAAUCUUGAUCCGACGCUCUGGCCAAACCCCUCUGUCUUCGACGGUUUCCGCUUCUCGAAACUGCGCGAGCUGCCUGGAAAUACGUUCAAGUACCAGCACGCAACAACCGGGACCGACAAUAUCAAUUUUGGCCACGGACUCUGGGCAUGUCCGGGUCGGCACUUUGCGAGCAGCCAGAUGAAAGUUGUCCUCGCUCAUCUCCUCCUGAACUACGAUAUCAAGCUUCCCGAGGGUGUGGAGAAGCCGAAGCAGCAGCAUUUCGGUUUGGCAAUUGUGCCGGACACGGAGAAGAUGGUUCUGCUAAAGGCGAGGUAA